GUCCUCUUUCUUUUCUUCUCUUUCCAAAGCUCCAGUAUCGUCCUCCUAUACUGCCUCCUCCUCUUCUUUCGAUCACUUUCAUUGUGGUUAUUGUGGCUGAUUAAGAUCGAUAAUGAUUUGAACGCAAAUGAGAUGACGAACACCCAAAGUCUGGCCACACUCGUUAUCGAUUGGCUUCCUAGUGAUAGUACUGGUAAUCUGUCGAUACUUUAUGCGCCUUGUUUCAUGUGUCUUUUUUUUUUUUUUUUUCUGCCCCAUUGUAUUCGAUGUAAGUUAAUGGAUCUUCUUCUCCCAGUAAUUAUUGCCAUGAUUUGUACAGAUGCGUGCGCUGGCCUUUUCCCCCACAGUUCAUAAAUAAUGUUGAAAAAUGAAUAUACCCAUACCCUGGC